AUGGGAAAAAAGCAGCAUCAGCAAGAUAAAAUGUAUUUGACCGCUACCGAAUGGAAAACAUAUUAUGGAGGACACAAAGGCGUUCAACAUAUUGGGGGUGAAUUUCGUCGACUUCCAUUUUCAUGCUGUUCAAUUUCAUUUCUACCAUUUGAAAAUCCAUAUUGCUCUCCGGAAGGCAUAAUAUUUGAUCUCGAAAAUAUUGUACCGUUUCUAAAGAAAUAUGGCAGAAAUCCUGUGACAGGUGAAAAACUUGAUGCACGCAAUUUGAUUAAAUUAAAUUUUCAUAAAAAUUCACGUGGAGAAUAUCAUUGUCCAAUAACGUAUAAAAUUUUUAAUGAAAAUUCACAUAUUGUGAGCAUUCGACCUAGUGGAAAUGUCUAUAGUUUAGAUGCUAUUGAACGUUUAAAUGUAAAACCAAAUAAUUUUCAAGAUUUACUCACAUCCGAACCAUUUGUAAAAAAAGAUAUUAUCACAUUACAAGAUCCACAAAAUUUGGAUAAAUUCAAUAUAGUCAGUUUUAAACAUUUAAAAAAUGAAUGGAAAUUAGAAGGGGAAGAAGAUGAACGAGCAAGACGAAGUGAUCCCACGUAUUUUUUAAAAUGUGUUAAUAAUGAAACAGCUGCUGUUUUAAAUCAAUUGAAAAAGACAUCAAAGUCAUCAACGAAUGAAUUUACGAGCAUAUCUCUUAAAGAUAAUUCAAAUAAUAACGAAUCGACGAUGGCAACAAAAGCUGAUAGUGUGAAUAUAGCUCCGUAUUCAACAGGUCGACUAGCAGCAUCGUUUACAUCAACGAUAAUGGAACCAGUGACACACAUGGAAGCAGCAAAAUUAGAUGAAGAUGAUAUACGAUGGGCUAGAAUGGCAAAGUCAAAGAAAAAGGGCUAUGUUCGUAUGGUAACAAAUAUGGGACAAAUUAAUAUUGAAUUAUUUUGUGAUCAAUGCCCACAAACGUGUGAGAAUUUUAUUAAACAUUGUGCAAAUAAAUAUUAUGUGGGAAGCAAAUUUUUUCGUUCAAUUAAAAAUUUUAUCGUGCAAGGUGGAGAUCCUACAAAUACUGGUCAUGGUGGUCAAUCAAUUUGGGAUAAAACGUUUAAAGACGAAAUUCACGUAAAAUUAGAACAUACUGGUCGUGGAAUGUUAUCAAUGGCAAAUUUUGGUCCGAACACGAAUAAAUCACAAUUUUUUUUCACUUACCGCUCAUGUAAAAGUCUUAAUGGAAAACAUACAGUAUUUGGAAAAAUAGUUGGCGGUAUAGAAACACUUAGUAAAAUAGAAGCUAUUCCUACUGAUUCAAAAGAUGUUCCAGAAGAAGACGUUAUUAUUGAAGAUACAAUCGUUUUUGUUGAUCCAUAUGAAGAAAUUGAUGAAAAAAUUAGAAAAGAACGAGAGAAAGCGACAAAAGAAGAAGAAGAAGAAGAAAAACGUCGGCGUUCACUGUUUACUGUAAAAUCAGCUACAACGACGAAAUCUGAUUCAUCAUUAAAUACUACGAAUAAAGUAUAUCGUCCAGGUGUGGGAAAAUAUAUUUCAAACCAACUAUUUAACUCUAAACCAGUGCGGUCAGCUGAAGAUGAGAGUGAAUAUUCUUUGAAGAAAAAACGUAAAAUUGCAGCAGCAACAACAAUUGGCACACUUAAUUUCAGCCAGUGGUGA